GCGCUCCAUUGGAUGAAAAAUCAAGAAGCUGUAAUUGAGGGAAUCGCAAAAUGUCUUAAGCCUGGCGGUAGAUUUGUGGCAGAACUUGGAGGCUUCGGAAAUGUGCAAAGUGUCGAAAAGUCUUUGAUUAGCGCUUUAGACAAACGCGGUUAUAACGGAAAAGAUCUGUCACCAUGGUACUUCCCAUCACCGGAAGAUUACACGCAAAUCUUAAGCAAAUAUAAAUUUAGCGUUAGUAAUAUUUCUCAUUUUUCAAGGCCAACGGAACUACCAACUACAAUUAGUGGAUGGGUUGAGACGUUUGGAUUCUCCUUUUUGGCUCCUUUGGAAGAUAAUGAAAAAGAAAUUGUUAAGGGUGAAGUUGAAGGAAUGUGUAGGAAUGGAGCGUUUAAUAGUGAAACUGAUAAAUGGACUCUUGAUUACGUAAGAUUAAGAACUGUGGCGCAAUUAAGCAGUUAAACGCAUAAUAAUUUUUACUUUGCCCAAUCACUGCGUACAAGCUACGAUUUUUCUAUUUUCUGGUUCUAUACCAAAAAUAGGCCUUCCGUAUUUUACCCACGCUACCCAAGCAUAGUUUAAUUAGUUUAAUUUUUAUUGGUCUUUAAGUUCUAUAAACCAUUCUAUUUAAAUAAAAACUAUUAUUA